CGUUUGUACAACCGAGAAAGGACCCGUUUGGAGUAUCAGAAGUGUCAGUAGCUGGAGGUUAUGUUAGCAACUAACGAUGUUAAUGUGCAUGGGCUCUAUAUCAUUAGUUUCUUUAUUGCAUUUUCGUAGUUUGCAUUAGUCUACUGCUUUUGUUGUAUUUUUCAAAUAUAUUAAUAUCAGGCUCUCUGCUUUUAUUUGAAGCGAGUGACAGCACGUUUUGUCUGCUUAAGGUUUCCUGACUAAACAUUGUAUGUCAACAACAUGCCUGAGGUGGGCAAUGAGCCAGGUAGUGACAGGAAGGUGUCAUUUCCGCCUCGGCCCCUGGAGACCACCUGCCCUGUUCUCGACCCAAAGAGCUGCUCCUUGCAGCAUGACAGCAGCUCUGUCCACUACAGCAGAUGGAGAAGAUGCACCCAGGAAGAAGCAGUACUCUGCCCACACACACAGCACUAUUGGCAGUGUGGGAAGGAUGAUAGACCACCGUAUUCUGCAGGUGAUAGGACAUGAUGGAGCAGACCUGGGCACCAUGCACCGUGUAGCUGCUCUGCAACUUAUGGACCAGCAAGGCUUGAAACUUGUCAUCCUGGAUGAGAAGAAGGACCCCCCAGUCUACCAGCUGAUGACAGGGAAGCAGAUCCAGGAGGUGCAGCUCAAACUGAGAGAGAAACAGAAGAACCAAGCAGGUCCUGCACGGGUGAAAGAGGUUACCCUGAAAACUGCGAUUGCGUCUCAUGAUUUGGAUACCAAGCUGCGGCAGAUACAGAGCUGGCUGAGUAAGAAGUGCCAUGUGAGGGUUACACUGAAGAAACGCAAAGACGUCAACAACACACAGCCACUGGACUCUGAAUUGAAAGAGAUUAUACAGCGCAUUCCGACCACUGUGGGCUUUGUCUCCGAACCAAGAUUAAUCCAGGACGGGAAAGCUGCCAUGUGUAUUCUCCGUGGCCCCUCCAAGAAGGAGAUGCACCAACAGGGGGCGCCGUCAAAAGAACCAAUCCAAUCCCCAUCCAGUGCUGUGGCAGAUGCCAAACCCGCCCCUGACGGCACAGAUAGCAGUCCACUGCAGCAGUGAUGUUUAUUCAAUAAAGUGUUUUGUACAGAA